UUUCUUCAACCCUCAGUUGCUCUCCGAGCCAGGGGCAGGGUGCGAGCUUCUUUCUUUUUUUAUGUCCGAUUCUCUACUCUCCACUUUAGCAGAAAAACUAACAAUAUUUAACACCAAUAAUAUCAAUAAUAAAUAAUAAUCUAUUAUAUUUUGAGGCAGUGUCAUAGAUCAGGUGCCUCAAUUUGCAAAAUUUGACUAUCCAUGUGGUGAACGAUGAAUUUAUCACCGUCAAAUUGUCAUUUUUUACUGCCACUUUCUAUUGGGGAGGUGUGAUGAUUUUUUUUUAAUAAUUUUGAACACCAGAAUUGAAAUUAUAUAAAAGUUUGUGAAUUGUUGGUGAUUUAAAGGGUUAAUUUAUAUUUAAAAAGUUUUAUUAAAUGUUCUCAAUUCGGUGGUUAAUGGAUUCAAAAAUCGGAAUUGAGGAUUUUAUAUUUGAAUUAAGGUGAACAAUGCAUUUGCAUUUUGAGAAGAAUAACAAUGCCAAGUGCGACUGUAAUAUUUUGUCCCUUAGUUGGAUGGGAAAAGUUCCGGAUGAGGAAGUACCUGAGGAUGAGGGGUGGAAACUUAACCGUGCAAAUUACUACCAGGAAGGGUGGCUAGCUACUGGAAAUGCUCGCGGUUUAGUCGGAGUUACCUUCACGACAUCACACUGUCGGACGAGAACUACGGAAAAUCCACUGAGAGCCAAUUAUAACUUACGUGGACAUCAAAGUGAGGUGAUUCUCGUAAAAUGGAACGAGCCGUAUCAAAAACUGGCAUCUUGCGACAGCUCGGGCGUGAUAUUCGUAUGGAUAAAGUACGAGGGUAGAUGGAGCAUCGAAUUAAUCAACGAUCGGAGCACCCCUGUCACGCACUUUUCGUGGUCCCAUGACGGGAGAAUGGCGUUAAUAUGCUAUCGAGAUGGAUUCGUCUUGGUAGGAAGUGUGGGAGGUCAAAGAUACUGGUCUUCGAUGCUGAACGACCAGGCGACAAUCACCUGCGGAAUCUGGACUCCAGACGAUCAACAGGUUUACUUUGGAACGACAUCUGGCCAAUUGAUAGUGAUGGAUGUCCACGGUGCGAUGGUGUCGGAGGUCCAGUUAUCAGCAGGAAUCACCUCAAUGGCCUGGAGUGCCCAGAAGUUCAGGAUGGAGGAAGGCGACCUAGAAGACGAUGAUGUCUGCGGGGUUCAAACUCAACCAGAUGAACGGACCUACGUCCUAGCAGUGUGUCUGACUGAUGGCAACAUCGUGAUGCUACGCUCUUAUGACGACUUGUCGCCAAUCACGAUAAAAACCGGCCUCAAAGCGCCGUUGUUUGCCGAAUGGAGCAAUUCUAGAGAGUUGUUAGCCAUAGCGGGUACCAAGGAGUCGGAGACUUCUAUAGCUAACCCGCCUGAGUACAACAAUCUCCUGAAGUUCUAUUCCUUCACCGGAACGCUGAUUUACACGACCACCAUUCCGUACACUCAGGGACAAGUGUCAGCACUAACGUGGGGUCACAAUGAUUGGCGACUAUUUAUCGCUACAGGAGCGAAAGUUCACGCAGCCUGGGUCUCGAGGAAUGUUGGAUCGCUACAACUGCUAGCAACUCUUGCCGUAAGAGCAGCGCUGACGCGAGAGUCUAAUGUCCAACAGCUGCCAUUGCCACGCAGGUUGAGAGCUCCUGUGGCAGCGCUUUUUGCGAGUACAAUCAGAUCUUGCGUACCAGAACCACGUGAGCUCCGUAAGUUCGUGUCUCGACCGCCACCUGGUGGAGGAAGGCUCCACUGCACAAUGCUAAGACACGCCGGUGAACCAGCGCCAUGCUACACUCUGUACCUCGAGUACCUUGGCGGACUGGUUCCGUUGCUAAAAGGACGUCGGACCAGCAAGAUUCGCCCGGAAUUCGUGAUAUUUGAUCCCCAGAGCCAGGACACCCUCCAGAUUCCCGAUUACUCGUUCCCGUCGUUCAGCGACAGCUCCGACACCGAACGAGAUACUGCUGAACUGUGUGGUUCCCCGAGGAACAGGAGGAAGAACCGGAGAAAAAAGGACGAUAAGUCCAAUGACGAGUCCGAUGUUUUGACGUAUAUUGACACUUUGCCGGAGGAUGGACGACUAGUAGAAGUGACGUCUAACAUUUGGGGCACCAAGUUCAAAAUACACGGUCUAACGGAUUCAGUGCCCGCGAAUCUGGGUCAAGUUACUUACAGGACAUCUCUGUUGCAUUUACAGCCUAGACAGAUGACCCUUGUGAUUACUGAGCUCCGUGACGAUUUACCAGCAGGCCCAGACCCGUCCUUCAACCCGAACCUCUUCUCCGAAGACGAGGAAGAGACCUUUUCUGAGCCUCAAGGUGCAAGCCGGCCAGUAGACAUUCCAGCACCACCAGCGCCACCAAUCGCUCCAAUGACAUCUCGCGGUACAAGAUUAAACCCCGCUCCUCGUCCAAAGUCCCAGUUGUCCAGCCAAUCCCAGUUUAUCUCCAAUCCGGAAGUCCCGCCUGAGAACUUUCCCUUCGACGAGGACUUUCCCUACGUCGCGAAUCACUUCCAUCACCAAAACAUGCUAGAUUUUUGCGAGAACUUGCGUGCUACUUCAAGCAAUUAUAGAUCAUCCCGCCAUCAACCUCGCUGCUGCGAUGUUCCGGCGCUGCAGUCGCCUAAGAACGCUGUGGCGCCCACCCAGACUCUAAUCGCGACUUCUAACUCCAGCAGCGACUACUCCGGCAACAUCCAGAGGGUAAAGACAUCGCUUAUUUCUGAACAGUCCAGUAUUCGCAAGGAAUUAGAAAUCAACAAGAUCAAUCAAUUAGAUGACAAAAAUGUGGCUGCUUCCUUGCCUACUUCAAGAUGUCAGACGAAUGGUGGCUCCACGUCUCCAAUUUACGUGAACUUUUCUGCAAGCAACGGGAGCUUUGUUCACACCAAGCCGAGUUCUCAUCAGAAGGGAAAGAACCUGAGAAACCCUGGCGCCCAAAAUGGCAAGCCUGAAAGGGAAGAGCUUCGCUUUAUCGACGAAGAAGCGGUUGCUAAAGAACCUGAAUUGAGAAGCGUCCAUAGGACACCUACGGUGGUUAGCAUUGGACCCAUCAACCCAGUUCUGGACCCAAUGGUCAGAAGUUGCAGUGUCGGGUACUUGGAUCUGGUUGAUGCGCAGAUGGUUCCUUGCGAAGUGGCCCUCAAGAUGCUGAGGAAGGAAGCGCCGAAUAAGAGACUGGUCCUGGUGUCCAGGAAGACCAAGAGGAGGAAGAAGAAGGCUCAGGAGGGACAAGCAAGGCCCAGGUUAAGAACUUGCGGGAAAUCUAGAAGCUUGGAUUCUAGUGAUAUGUUCCCUAGCACGGAGCAAAUUCUUCCGGUUAAGUUACUGGAGCAUGUUGAAGAGGUAGAGAAAAGAGAGGAGUUGGGGACUAGCAAAGAGGAGGACAAGAAGGAGGAGAAGACCCUGAAAGAGACGGGGGAUACCAAGUCCAGUGAUUCAUUGUCGUCCUCGCUGGAUGGACUAGCAGCGAGGCUCAGAGACUUUGAUGACACCAAUUCACUACCGCCCCCUUCACCCAGGCCGAACAUUCGGCUACCACGAAGCUCCCCGAGUAGUCCAGCGCCGACGAAAAAAGGAAAACGGCCUGCUUCUGCUUCGCCUAUCAGGAGGAGGUUGUUGUCCAGUCCGCUGUUGAACAGACGGACCAGGAAAAACCGCGGGGAGAGCUCUGAUGAUGAAGGACCCCAGGAUGACAGUUCUAGCAGGAGUUACAGGAAUUUAGAAACUUUCCAAAAGGCUCAGCUUCGACAAAAGUUGAAACACCGAGGCAACGGAGUACUGGCCAACAAACCAGAAGAACUUGUGAUGCACAACAAAGCUCCCAUGUGGAACGAAUCAAGCCAAGUUUAUCAAUUAGAUUUCGGCGGUCGGGUCACCCAAGAAAGCGCCAAGAAUUUCCAAAUCGAGUAUCGAGGAAAGCAAGUCAUGCAGUUCGGACGAAUUGACGGAAACGCUUACACUCUGGAUUUCCAGUACCCAUUCAGUGCUCUCCAAGCAUUCGCAGUCGCCCUUGCAAAUGUCACCCAACGGCUUAAGUAACCAUUAAUAUCUUUUUAAUUAUCAUUUAUUUUGUUACUUUUACCAACUACGUUCGUUAAAUUGUUAGAUGUAAAUUAAUUAAAUUUUUCUGAGGCAUUUUUUCAUGAUUAGGUUGCUUAAUUUCUUAGAAAAGAACUUUAAGUUCCAUAAUUUUGCUUAAAAAUAAGAAUAUUUAACAUAAAAAUUAGUAAAAACUCACAUUUGGAAGGAGAAUUUAGCAUGGUGACAUUGAAGCGUUGUACGGCGCGGAAUGUCCAGUGUUCGAGCCCGAGCCGGGACACUGAAAAAAAAAAUUGAAAUUUUUUUUUCUAUU